GGGUCGAUUGUCGGGGGGUUUUACCGGCUUAAUAUAGUGAUAACUUGGGAUAAGGAAAUUCAUCACCCCAACUACUUCGUUUUCCUAUGCAAAGGUUUGGUCGUCAGUGCAACAUAAGGACUUCUAUCUUAGAGGUGUUUUACAACAUGUGAAACUCGUUAUACAAGACUGUUGGUAGUUUUGUUACUGUAAUAUAUAGAAAAAUUCAGUCAUUUCAAAACCUGAGAUGGUGUGCUUGACAUUGCGCUCACUUCAAAUGUUCUUGUCCUACUACUUAAGUGACGUGAUACUGAUAAGUGUUGCAAGUGGCACUGCGCCGAUAUCUUCAGCUGAAUAACUCCUCUUAAGUCGGAUACAUGAAAUCCUGAGAGUGGGAAUUACUCCACAUCGGUGUGCUAGUGAAGCUACUUCAAGACGCUCAGCCUCUAGGGGGGCCCCUCGCGAAGAUAGCGAAGAUAAUCUGUUGGGGAACCUCCUUCUUGUUCUUCAGAGUGCAAUGAUAUACAGGGUAACCCGCUUCCUGCCCGGGGUAAUCACCCGUCUGCUCGUGGCGAUAAUCCUGCAGCAGGAGGACCGCCAUGACUACGACGCCUCCCACAGGCUCUUUGGGCAGUACGACUUUAUCGUGGUUGGUUCCGGGACCGCUGGAGGGAUUCUGGCGGCGCGGCUGUCAGAGGUUCCAGAAUGGAAGGUACUGCUGCUGGAGGCUGGAGGCCCACCGCCCCCAGAGAGCGUCAUUCCUGCCCUCAACGUCGUCCUGAUGCAGAGCGACGCUGACUGGAAUUAUUUCACUGUGCCGCAGAAGCACGGAUUGUUCGGUUAUGUCAACAAUGCAUGUCACUUCCCUCUCGGUAAAACUCUAGGCGGCUCCUCCACCGUCAACUGGAUGAUGUACGUCCGAGGCAACAGGCGCGACUUCGACAACUGGGAGGCGAUGGGUAACCCAGGCUGGGGCUACCAGCACGUACUCAAGUACUUCAAAAAGGCCGAGGACUACAGAGGAACCCGCAAUGCCAAAACAGCCUCGUACCACGGGUUCGGGGGUCCAUCCAGUGUGGACGAUAAGCGCUGGGGUACGCCAAUCAUGCACGCCAUCCUCAGGGCUGGUCAGCAGCUCGGCUACCCCAUCAUAGAUCCCAACGGACCCGAACAGAUCGGUUUCUCCAUCCCCGACAUGACGCAGCGUGAUGGGCGGCGGGGCAACACGGCCGAGGGGUAUAUUAAGCCCGCAGCGGCACGCCCUAAUCUGCAUGUCGCCUGGCGCGCCCACGCUACUCAGGUCCUGUUUGACAAGUACAAGCGAGCUGUUGGUGUCCGCUUUGAGCAGGCUGGACAGAUCCGAACAGUUUUGGCUCACCGGGAAGUGAUAGUGUCUGCUGGUGCCGUGGGAUCCCCGCAGCUCCUUAUGCUGUCUGGCGUAGGACCAGCUUCCCACCUUCAGCAGCACGGCAUCCCUGUGGUGCAGGACCUGCCUGGCGUAGGUUCGAACUUCCAGGAUCACCCGUCUAUCUUCGGUCUAUCUUGGACAGUAAACAAAGGCUCGAGUGACUCUGUAUUCCGUAUCGCCCGUCCCGAGGCCAUACAGCAAUAUCUCAAGUACAAAAAAGGACCUCUGACGUGUCCCUUCGGCGUGGAGGUGAACGCCUGGAGCCUGGCGGAGGAGGGUGACCCGUACUGGCCCGAUCUCCAGUUUCUCUUCGUGUCGGGGACGCCAGCCCUCGACUACGGACUCUUCAUCACCGACGGCAUCGGCUACAGGAGAGAACUGUUCGCCAAACAUUAUUUGCCGCUGGUGGGUCUCGAGGGCUUCACCAUCGGGCCCAUGCUGACCCGGCCCAAGAGCCGAGGCACGGUCAGACUCAGCUCCAGCAAUCCCAAGGCUGCUCCGCUCAUUGAUCCCAACUACCUCAGUCAUCCGGAUGACGUUAAAACCUUAAUUAGAGGUAUCAAGUUUUCACUGGCUGUAGGGGACACUCCGGCCUUGAGAAUAGAUAAUGGUGCCAAAUUUCACGAUAAGGUGUUGCCGGGGUGUGAACACCAGGUGUUUGGAUCGGAUGAGUACUGGGCCUGCUACAUCCGGCACAUGGCCAAGACCACCUUCCACCCAGCCGGCUCCUGCAAGAUGGGCCCCGCCUCCGACCCUUACAGCGUCGUCGACCACACUCUAAAGGUGCGCGGUGUGUCCGGCCUGCGGGUGGUGGACGCCUCUAUCAUGCCGCUCAUAACAUCCGGCAAUACUAACGCUCCGGUUAUCAUGAUCGGCGAGAAGGCCGCCGAUAUCAUCAAGGAGGACUGGGGCGUCCCUCUCUACACGCUCUGAAGGGCAGAUCCCUUCAGAGCGUGAAGGGAUCUGCCCUUCACGCUCCCUUGAAAUCUCUCUUCAGAUCCCUUCUUCAGAAAUCUGAAGAGAGAUUUGCACGUCAUCAAAAUAGGGCCUAGGGUCUCCCUAUUUGGGAUAAUGUGAUGAACGUCAACUAAGAGAAACGUAUAGAUGAAUACAUAUUGGAGAGUCCAGGGGCGCUAGUUCGAUCCCAUUCCAUAACCUCAGUAUUUUCCUGAUAGAUACAUUUCAGUAUUAUUUCAGUGUGCAAGUUAAUAGAUUCUCAGUGUUCUUUGACGCCUAUGUAUUUGUUUGUAACACACAAACAUAUAAGAAAUAGAAUAAGCACUCGCCAUUUGCAUAUGCUGAAAUAACCACAGGCUUCCUGUCCCCCCCCGACUGUGCGAAACCAAAACCAUAUGUUUAACCUGCGCUUGAAACAAUCACACAUCUACGUCGUCGUUUUCUAUAUCUUCUGGACCGAAACGUCGUCGUCUCCUCAUCUUCUGGACCGAAACGUCGUCGUCUUCCCAUCUUCUAGACCGAAACGUCGUCGUCUUCCCAUCUUCUAGACCGAAACGUCGUCUCACCUUC